UCUACCGACGAGGGCCAAAGCGAACCGACCUUCUUCACUAGCUGCAGGGGAGGACGAGACGACGAUGGGCGAAAACUCUGAAGGACAUCAGGAAGGUUAACUAAUCGAUCCCGAGAGGAGGAACACGAAAGAGGAGGGCACAUACCCUGAUACUCCUCCCGUUAUCUCCCGGCCAUUUAUCGGCUAGAACCGCCGAACCGGUGAUUUCGAGGUUGGUCUGACGGAGAAACUCGCCAUGGACGAAGAAGGUGCUGUCGACGUUUACCGGCCGUUGCAAUUCGAUGGUUCACUGCCUGAGGAGCCGGUGGAGGAGGAGAACGUCUCCAGGGAAUCGGCUCUCCCCUCCUGCGAAGGCGAGGAUAUGCAGCAGCUCAUGGGAUCGCCCGCCCAUGAAGACCUUGUUGGUGGCGCAUCGUUGGACGACGAACCGCGAGACGUGGAAAUGGUGGGGCCUGAGGCCCUCGAGGCGGAGGAGGAAGGUGACGAUCUGGAGUCGAGCCAGAGCGGGGGAGGGAAAAGGAAGAGGGGGAAGAAGGGGGCGAAGGCACAGCUGAAGCCACAGGGAAAAAAGAACGCGGAGGAGGACGUAUGCUUCAUUUGUUUCGAUGGUGGAGAGCUUGUACUCUGCGACCGCAGGUUCUGCCCGAAAGCGUACCACCCGACGUGUAUUAAUCGCGAUGACGCCUUCUUUCAGAAGAAGGGCCGCUGGAACUGCGGUUGGCAUCUAUGUAGCAUUUGCCGGAAAGCUGCCCAUUUUAUGUGCUAUACUUGUACGUAUUCUCUCUGUAAAAGAUGCAUUAAAGAAGCUGACUUCUUCUGUGUGAGAUCCAACAAAGGCCUUUGCAGUAACUGUAUGAGACUCGUUACACUCAUAGAAGACAAGGAUGCAAGGACAGAACCAGUUGAAGUAGAUUUUGAUGAUAAAAGUAGCUGGGAGUAUUUGUAUAAAGAGUAUUGGUUAGAUGUCAAGCACAAGCUGUCUUUAACUUCUGCAGAAAUAACUCAUGCUAGUAAUCCAUACAAAGAAUCUGAAGCUCCUGCCCAUGAUGUGGCUUCAUCUGAUGAUGAUCUUGACAAUGAUAACAAUGAUAUGAAUUAUAGUCCUCAUAACUCCUCAGGAGACCUUGAACUGGGUAAAUCAGCACCUAAGAGGCAAAUGAAAAGGCGGAAAGCCAGUACUGCAGAAGAGAUGAUUUCAAAUAUGCAGCAGGAUAUGCCUAUAGAUGGGCUUUCUGAAUCAAAUAACUCUCAAGAAUGGGCUUCAAAAGAGCUGUUGGAUUUAGUUGAACACAUGGGGGGUGGUAAAUCUGUAUUAUCUCUCUUUGAAGUUCAAUCUCUGCUAAUGGAUUAUGUAACUAAGUAUAAGCUUCGUGACCCUCGUAAGAAGAGUCAGAUAAUUUGUGAUGCAAGACUCCAAAAUCUAUUUGGUAGAACUCGUCUUGGCCAUUUUGAAAUGUUAAAACUUAUUGAGUCUCACAUUCUUGUCAAGGAGACCUCGUCUCUUGCCGCUGAAAAUGAAGCCCAAGGAAGAAUCACAGAUGAUGGGACUGCAGAAGUUGAAGUUGAGGGAAAUGCAGCUGCGAAGACUGGGUCAGAGAAAAAACGUAAAAUUAAGAGAAAACCUGAGGAGAGCACACCACCGAACAAUACAAAUGAUUAUGCAGCAAUAGAUGUACACAACAUAAGCUUAGUUUACUUGCGACGGAACUUGGUGGAGGAUUUGCUGGAUGAUCUAGAGACAUUCAAAGAUAAAAUUGUUGGCUCAUUUGUGAGAAUCAGGAUUCCUGGUUCGGUUAACAAACAAGAUAUGUACAGGCUUGUCCAAGUUGUGGGUACUAGUAGAGCAUCUGAAGCAUAUAAAACUUCCAAGAAAUCGACUGAUCUCAUGCUGGAGGUAUUAAAUUUGAAUAAAACGGAAACUGUGACAAUUGAUUCUAUUUCAAAUCAAGAGUUUUCUGAGGAAGAAUGCAAGCGGCUGCGUCAGAGCAUAAAGUAUGGCUUCAUUAGCCGCUUAACUGUGGGUGAGAUUCAAGAGAAAGCAAAGAAGCUUCAGCAUGUAAAAGUUAACGAUUGGUUUGAAACCGAGCUAUUGAGGCUCAGUCAUCUUCGUGAUCGAGCUAGUGAGAAAGGCCGUCGAAAAGAGCUCAGAGAAUGUGUAGAGAAAAUCCAGGUUCUCAGUGAUCCUGAUGAGCGAGCUCGGAGACUACAGGAAGUUCCUGAAGUGCAUGCUGAUCCAAAUAUGGAUCCAAACUAUGAGUCUGAUGAAAAAGAGGAUGAACUGGAAGAUCGGAAAAAAGAGAACUUUUCACGACCUAGGGACACUGGAUAUUUUAGAAGAGCAUCUGAUGCAAUUUCUCCUAGAAAGGUGGCUGCUGGUGAUGCCUUGGAGGGUUUAAGGAAAAGUUCAAAUAGCCCUUGGGAAAGAAACAAGAGCUCUUCUACAUGGGGGGAACCUAGAAAAGAGAAAUGCCAGAAUAGCAUUAAUGAUAAUGCUGGGAGCCAAAGGAAAAGUUCAUAUUCUCAUUAUGGCGACCAAGCAAGUGAAAUGACAAACAAUGCUUUGUGGAAUCAAACAUCUGAUAGCCCCCCUGGUACACUUCCUGAAAAUCGACCACUACCUCAAAUGGCUAGUUUGAUAGCAUCAACUGGUGUGAGUGAGACAGACAAGGUGUGGCACUAUUGUGAUCCCUCUGGGAGAAUUCAGGGGCCCUUUUCUAUGGUUCAGUUGCGUAAGUGGAGUAGAACAGGGUAUUUUCCUGCAGAUCUUCGAAUAUGGAGGAUGACAGAAAAGCAAGAGGGAUCUAUAUUGCUCACUGAUGCUCUGGCAGGAAAAUUUCAGAAGGAACCAUCCCCGAUGGAACAGAAAGGAAGUUAUGCAGCAGCUGCCAAUUGGAGCACAAACCAAGAUUGGGGUCGGCCUGGAAAUAAUAUCGUUAUUCGGACAGACAAUGGACCAAAUGAUGGGAAUAGGAAAUAUAUUAGUGGUAGUGCUGAAGUAAUGAGAAAUGAUGGGCGACAAAAUCAGUCAACCGUUUGGGCGAGUUCAUCCAUGGAAACACUUGAGCUGAAGAAAGGACACACUGGAAGUUCCUCUCAUGAUUGGGGUUCAUCAAAAGUGUCGAAUACCUUUUCAAGUGAACGUCUGGGACAUGGCCCUGGCCCUGGGCCUUCUUUGUCAUAUGGAAUGCCUUUCCAACAAUCUAAAGAAAGUCAGGAUGGGAUUUCAGCAACCUUCUCACAUGCUUGGAAUCCUUCAACGCCUUCAAAAGUGCAAACUGGAUCUUGUAAUACGAGCCAUGUUUAUGGUAAGCAUCUGGACAGUUCGGCAGCUUCAUUACAGUCAACAGAAGGUGGUCUCAAAGUUCAUAUUACAAAUAUACCUUCGGAGGAAUGGACACGGUCAACAUUACUUGCAAGUCCAACCCCUGCAGAAAGUCAGAGUGGUAUGCAUGGUGGUGAAGGUGAUUGGUCAGAUUUACCAACUCCAACUCCAAAAUCUGCUGGUGGAGGAUGGCUAAAUGAACAAAGUUCUGAAGCCAAAACAGUUGGUGCUCCUCAAGUUUUUGUUCAACCAAUGAGCCCCGUGAAUAGUUUGGAACAGCGUUUUGCUGCAUCAGCUCAGCCUGCUGUGACACUGGCAGCGAGGAAUGAACUAAGACCAACAUCUGGCACACCUACAGUCUCAGGGUGGGAUUCUGCUCCUUCGAUGAUGGCACCAACUCAAGUGGGGGUUGUUGGAAAUCUUAAGAACGCUGGAAUUGUUUCUUCUGGUUCAGCUUUUGAACCUCCAGCAGAUGUUUGUGAUGGAAAAUCACUGUAUUCCUUGAGUGCAGAUAAAGGUCUUGUAGAUCAAACCCUUCAUAACAGCCGAGAUAAUGGAUCAUCUAAUGCCUUCAGUUGGAUGGGCGGUGAAUACACAGAAAAGGCACAAGCAGAUAGUGGUGAGGAUACUUCUUUAGUUGUUGAUGCACACAUGGUAAAGCCUGAUUCUUCAAAGAAUAUGACUGGUUCUUCAGCUAGCCCUGCAGCACUAGUCAUGCCCACCAGGAAUGAUUUAGCUGGUGAGCAUGUAGAAGGGGGUGCCUCCAAGUCUCUGCCCAAAUCUGUGGUGGGUAGAGAUAGUCUGCUUGCUGAUCAGGACCUUGCAGGUGGUCAGUUCAGUUCCGUAGGUGAUCUAACUCCUAAAGAUGGUGUGGCAUAUGAUUUGGUGACUGAUGAGUUGGGUCAACGUGGUAGUCAGCCAGUUUCUGAGCUUCUUCUUAAGGCUGCUCUUGCAGAGAAGGUUCAAAAUGCUGCUGUAUCACCUUCAAAUUCUGGUUUGCAUUCUCUGGCAGAUAGCUCCAAGAAAGUCUGGUACGGGGCAUCACUUUCUGUUUCAGUCAAAGGUUCCCCUGAAAAUGAUGUUUCAGUUCAUGGUGGUUCAGGAAAGAGUGCUUCAGUAUCUGAUGCCUACCCCAAAUCAGCUGUUUGUCAAGAAAGUCAGGCUUCUGAAAUAGUUCACCAAGUGAUUUCUGGCACUUCAAUAACCAAAAGAGUUGAAGGCUCUUCCCCUGUUUCUAAUAGUGUGGCCCUGUCACGAGGCCCCGAUUCCAAAGGUGAGCGGGCAACCAACCUGGUUUCACAUUCAUUUCCAGUUUAUGAUCAAGAUGUUGGUGUUUCUUCGGUAUCAACUAAUGCAGCAGGAUCAGCCUCCUUGGCUUCUGGAGCCAAGGGCGCGCACGAUGUUCCUGCUACUUGUAGAAAUCCUGUUUCCUCUGAAAGGCAGGAUUCAGCCAUUGAUGGAUGGAGAAAUAUUCCCAGUAAAGUUCAGAAUUUUGAAGGGUUGGGCACAUUGACUGGGGACUUUUCUGCUCCAGCCACCGCAACUGCUCCAGUGGCUCCAUCUGGCAACUGGGGAAUGCCCACAAACAGAAGCAGCGGUAACAACUCCAUGCUGCCACCAGCAGCAUUAGCUGAAAAUGCUUCAAGCUGGGUGGCACAUACGGGUGAAAACAACACGAAGUCCAUUGCUUCAGAGGGUUGGGCUGUAACUUCAAGAAAUAAUUGGGGUCAGCCACCAGUAGAUACUAGUUGGAGUGGGCAAACUGAACCUUCAGCACCUAGAGGCAGUGGUUGGGGUCCGCCUAUUGAAAGUGCUAAAGUGGGAUGGAGCCCAGAACCUGGAAACACCAAUGCAAGACGGGGAAUGGAACCUGUUAACCAGAGAGGGGAAUGGGAGCAACGGAGGCAAGACUCGAACCGGCUUCCCAGUCACGGAGAUGGAGGUGGUUAUGGUGGUCAAAGCUAUGGUGGAAGGUCAUGGAGCAGGCCGUCAGGUGGCGGCAGUAGUGGCGGCUUGGGGCCCAGGUUACCUAGAGCGCAAAAAGUGUGCAAGUUCCACGAAAAUGGUUACUGUAAGAAGGGUGCUUCUUGUGAUUUCUUGCAUCCUUGAUACAGUAUGGUCGCCUGGUUGUAGGGAGUAUCUUCAUUGAUGUACAUUGUACAGUAAUUACCUUGUUAGGAGCUAGCGGGUUUCUGUGGAUUGAUUGAACGCAUUUCACCGUUCGUUGACACCCAAGUUCAACAGUGUAUUACAAUUUUGGAGCUGUAGCUUUUAUUUCUUCGUA